AUGCAAGUAGGGUUACAUAUACAUGCAUGUAUGUACUCAAAGUGAUUUUGGAUUAGGGCUGAGCUAACAGGAUUAGAAUGUUCCACUAGCUGGAUAAACACCUUAAAUAGAUCAGCCUGACGCUGCUGGUGCUUCAGAGCUGCAGAAGAAUCAACAUUUUACAACUGAGAACAAAUAUUUCAACCACAGAGCCGCUUCUCCACAUCUGUAGACAAUGGCUGAUGUUUUCAGAGGCCUGAACCUCCUUGAGACCCUUAAAGAGUCCAUAGAGAACAAUAAGUUAUCAGAGGUCAAGGAUGCAGUGGAAGAUCUCCUUAUCAGCAGGAUCAACUUAGCUGUGGUGGGGGACCGUGGGGAUGAAAAACCCACGUUUAUAAACUCCCUCCUUGGCCUCGGUCCUGGGGAUGAUGGAGCAGCUCCGUCUCCAUCCCCUGUCGCCCCGGAGGAAUUGGCAGGCUACCCUAAUCCUAAACACCCCGACUUUCGCCUGUGGGAUCUGCCGCCUGUCCCAUCCACCUCGCCAUUUGAACCUGAGGGAUACAUGGAUAGAGUUAAGUUCCUCCGGUACAAUGCCGUGUUCAUGACAUUCACAAAGACACCCCAACCCAACAGUGUGGAGGUGUUCUUGGAGGCAAGGUCACUGCAGCGACAAACAGUGUACUUUAUCCUCUUAGCUUCAGCAAAAGAUACAGAAAAAAGCCUAGAAGAAAAGAGGAAAGCCAGUCUGGAAGUAUUGACAUCACAAGGUGUUGCACAGCCUAAAGUCUACCUAGUGAGACCCUCCACCUUGGAGAAGUCUGACUUCUCUGGCCUGUUGGAGGACAUGGGAAGAGACCUUCCAGAGAUCCGAGCCCACGCCCUUCUCUUGGCUCUGCCGACGCUGAACUCCUCCCUGGUCACUCAGAAAAAGGAGGCAUUCAAAGCACUAGUAUGGGCCGCCGCCUCACUAUCUGGUGGGGUGUCGGCUAUUCCUGUUCCCUUUGUGGCCUCCAUGGUGGACUCAAGUGUAGCAGUGCGGAUUCUAACCAAAGCACAAUUAUCUCUGUGCCUGGACAAUGAAUCAGUCGAGCGACUGGCCCGACAGCGUGGCUUGGAACCGACAGUCCUUAAAAGGAUGCGGACUUGUGCACUGUCAGUGGAGGUCACCAAAGGUGAAGUGAAAAAGCGGCUAGCGGCGGCAGAAAAGGACUUGGCCACGGGUUCGUCAAAACUGGUGGAGAUGGCAAUGCCCCGACAUGCCCGUUCUGUCAGCCGCUCCUUCACUGCAAUGUUGCAAGCCUUAAAUGGUGCCAUUGAUGAAAUGGCAGCUGAUGCUGAGAAGAUGGUGGCUGCUGCUCUUGGGGAGGGGAAGUGAAGUCACGUGUUUUACCCUGUGAAUUGUUUAUUGUUUAUUGUUUUCUAAAUGUGGUUCAUAUUAACUUUUAUGUUUUGGUGUAUAAUAAACGCAUAAUUUACUGCAUACAAUAUUUCAUGAGUCUUCUGAUACGUUUUCCCUCUUUUUGAUGAGGCCUGAAGGACACAAGGACACUGUAAACACUGUGUAAGCAUACACUUUGCAAAAAGAUUGC